CACCUUCGUCUCGUCUCCGCCGGUCGCCGGCGGUAAAAAAAACCCCCAAAAUUUCACAUCCCCCGCGCCUUCCCAUCCCGCCCCCACAAAGCCGAAAAAGGGAGUGAAAGUGGAAAACCCGCGCCCUCACUAAACACUAGCUUCCAAAUCGCCUUUCUUGCUCUUCCCCUCGACGGUGACCCGAUGGAGAGGAACAGCGAGCCCCGCCAGCCGUACCCUGCCGGAGAAGGAGACCGAGGCGCCGGAGGCAAGUUCAGGAAGCGUCCAGCCAGGAGAGCUGCUGCUCCUGCUACGCCUUAUGCUCGGCCGCAGCAGAGCUUGGCACAGCGCACGCGGCCCUGGCUCUCCAAGCUCGCUAACCUAAUUUUGCCCAGCUACUUCUCCCAAUCGGGAAACGCCCUCCCAGCUCCUCCUGUUGCUGCUGAACGGAGAGGAGAAGAUGAAGCUGAACCCUAGUUCCGAUUUUGAAUUGCUCACUUGUUCUUUCGUAUUUCACUCGUCUUGGUGUUAUUGAUUAGGGUUAUUAUGAUUCAAUUAAUUGAUUGCAGUUAAACUCAUCUUACCAGGUGAGUCCGGCAAUCAGGUUGAAGAAAAUGCGGGAAGGGAUGAAAGCAGUUUUUCAUUCAAUCAUCUGGUUUCGGGAUCAACUGACCUCGGUGGUGCUAAUGAAGCAACCAACGAAUCAAAUUCUCGUCGGGAGAUCAAAAGAGUUGAUGAACAUCAUACAGUGAAAACUUCUGAUCUUGGUGGCGACGGGGUUUCGGCAAUCGAGCAGUUACUGAAGAACAAAAAGUUUUCUAGGGGUGAAGUCAAUCGGCUGAUUGAGAUAAUCCAUUCAAGGGCUGCUAAUUCCCCGUACAAGGAUCAACAGAAGCAGAAUUUUGGGAUGUUUGGGCGGGAUGCUCAGCCUUCGGCUUUCCUUGAAGAUUCACAAUGGCGCAGAGAAACUGAGAAGAAGUACACGAGUUCAGUUACACAAGGCAUUAUCCAGCCUGCAGUUUGGGCUGAAACUUCCAGGAAGUCUACUGAAGUACAGCAUGAUGAUAUGAACAGAGCCACUUGGGGAGGUUCAACUCCUCUUAUCCAGCCGACUGUUGAAGAUGAAGUUGGUGCUUCACCAAUCCAAAUCGCCAAAGCGUACAUGCAAAAACGGACAUCAGAAUCAGGAUUCGGAUUAGAGGAUGCAGCUGUAAACGAUGAAGGGCCGUCAUCUCGUGGAGAUGAGCUGGCACUAAAACCGUUUACCCCUUCAUCUUCUAUUAGGCCGUCACCAUGCUGGCCAGGUGCUAGGGUACGAGGUCAGAGUGAGUAUGCCACACCCCUCAGCCAAAGAGGGAGAUUCGGGCUCCAAAGCUUUCCUAGGACCCCUUACUCUAGAGCUAUUGCCUCAAAAUCAAAGUCUAAGCCAAUUCAAUUGCAAGGGAACAGUGGAAGAUCCCUGAACAUGCCGUCAACUCCAUUCCAGCAGUCUCAAUCAUCCACUUAUGGACAGUUUAGUACCAGGGAAAGGAAGUUGGAUAUUGGUGAAGCAUCUGUUGGACCUAUCCGAAGAACAAGACGACAAGGUGCUGUAGAGCUUUCAGCUAGAGGAUCUCCCUUUGCCAGGUCAUCUGUGGAUACUCCUAAAGUUGAAAACUACGAUGCGCCAGAAGGGAUAUUUUCCGCCUGGAAGAAAGAAUCAGAAACAGGAAGAAAGCCUUACUCUGAAGUCAGUACUCCUAUUGUUCCUUCACAUUCUAGUCAGGUAGCUCGCAAGAUAUUGGAGCAUCUGGACAGAAACCCAGUUACCCCAAAGCAAAAGUCUGAUGAAUUAAGGCUGGCUACUUCUUGGAAGAAGCCCGAGUCGUCUUCUGACAUGGCUGCUUUUACACCACCCGAGAAUGAUAGCUUGCCUCAAUUUGGGAUUCUUGGUUCAUCAGGAAAAUCUAAUCAAGCUGAUAACAAAAAGAAGUCCAUACAUUGGAGUGAAGAUAGAGGGAAGUCCCUUUUCAAGGAUCCUCAGGAUACCACUAGUGAUUUGAACGGAAAAUCCUCUGCUCCUGGCAUAACAAUUGGCAGUAAUGUUGUUGAUCCCGGGCCUUCACAAGUUCCAAGGGAAAAUGUGGAUUCUCAAAUCUUUAAAGUGAAUGAGGUGCCAAGUCUACAGAGGAAACCUCCAGCACAUUCGUCAGGAACUAGACAAGUUCCGCCUUCUAUUGCCAUUGGAAAGCGUGAACAGAAGUGGGCGUCUUCUGAUGGCAGCGCAAGUUUCAGUUUCCAAGUUCCUGCAUCAUCUACUGGCGUGCUCACCGAGCCUCCAACGCCCUCCAUGCCAUCUUCUUCUGCAAACGGUCUGCAUGAGCCGGAAGCUGGAGAACAGUCAAUCCCUACCUACAGCUUCGGCUCAAACAAGGGCACCACCCCUGCCCUUGUUUUCUCAUUCCCUUCUACGAGCAGCAGUAGCUCCCUGCCAGAUGGGGCAUCCGAUUUGAAAUUCAAGUUCGGAUCGGACAAGAGCAGUAGGGUUUCUUUCAGCUCCAUAGGGAAAGACUCUGUGUGUUACUGAUGAAAUUGAUUCGGUGUUCCUAGGACCUGUUUGGUUGUGUUAUAUCCAAAUUCCUUUCUUCCCUCAUAGUUGAACUCUUCCAGUUUUGUGAGAAGAAACUUGAAAGGGGGUAGAUGGUAUCUGGAUGCUUUAUGGCUCAUUCUUAUCCUGAUUUGGUGGGGGAGAAAAAGGGCUAUUCUGAAUGGUUCCUUGGUGCAACUCUGUUGGAUCUCUGGAGAUAAUAAACCAGAUGGAUGGAAAUUUGAGUUGCUAGUUUCUCUUUUCUUGUAUUAUUAUCUCAAAACAAUAUCCAUUAGAAAGAGGAAUUCCAUGUGUGCAGG